UGUUGUUUACAAACAAAAUACAUCUCGAGAAGACCACACCAUGGAAAUUAUCAGAGGUAGUUUAGAUGACAUUUCUCGCCCUGCAUCGAGCGAUCAAACCAGCAGCCGUGCGUCGAGCUUGGCUUUGCCACACAGUGACAGAAUGGGUCGCAUUACUCCAUUUUCCCUCGUUGUGUUGACCAAAGAUGAUGCUGAUAUCGAGAGCCGCUCUGAAGGAACCACGACCGCCUCAUCAGCCAGAGGUCCUGACAAAAUUCAGGAUCCCGUUAAAGUUGGCGAUGAACGGAAUGAAGAUUCCAGACUACGGAGAGCAAUGGAUGAAAUGAGACGACUCGAUGAAAUCCUGUCUGCAAAGAUCUGCACAGAAAAGCAAGUCAAGCGUCAAAGGAAAGAACUUCAAGCAAAACUUUGGCAGGAGUUCCUGCAGAAUAAACCUGAAGGUCACUCUGAGGGUGCACAAGAAACAAUGAACACCAGGUUGUUUUGGGCUCUGGAAGCAUCCACCGGGAUCGAAGAUGAGGACGACUUUGUGCCCUUGUUUGAAACUCAAGUUCCCGACUGUGACAAGAAGUCCGACGGCUGGAUGGAGUCUUCUGAAGUACGCGGCGGGGAUGCUGGGGGAGAGCAGCUGGAAGGCAGCCUCUGUGGAGCCUCCCCCAGCAGGAAGAAACAGAAAGACUUUGUCAAGAGAAACAUUGAGCUGGUGAUUGGCGAAGGGGACCAAGUGGUUUUGACUCGCGGAGAGAAAGAGCAUCUGGCCGAGCUGUUGGAAGGAGUAGACGGAGGGGACGAGGACGGUGCCGGAGACGCAGACAGCCAGGAGGACGUCUGGGCUGUGUCAGUGCGGACGGGCCAGGGUUACACCCCCGAGCCGUCGGACCUGCAGCAGCUGACUGACAUCGACUCCAAAAUCCGGCUUCUCCUUCCCGCUGGAGACCUUCUCUCUGCGCGGAGCUCGUAUGCAAACCGUAGCAUGUGCCAGGGCCGGGGCUCGGAGGCUGGCUGGAAGUGUUAUGGGGAUCUGCAGCCAGGAGAGACGGUCCUGCAGGAUAUAAAGGAGAGGAGAGGGCAGGAGAGGCGGCUCCACGAGAUCCAACAGCAGCUGGAGAUGCUGAACCAGGGCCAGGAGAUGACUAACGGCUCGGCAGACCUGACGGAGGAGCAGUUACUUAGUCUGCUGGGUGGAUGUGAGCUGACGGAGGAACCGACCCAGGAUCUCGAGACAAUUGACACCUCACAAUGAGGCCCUAAGAAAGCCGUGGGUCUUCUUUUAUUUUUUAAAUGCUUUUCUAACUUUCGGUUAUUCUGUAAACAGUACUAUACUAUUGUAAUAAAAGUGCUGCUGAUUUGAAUCCAUUUACUCAUACAUUUUGUAAUGUAAUGUAACAUUUAUAACAAACAUUUUCUGUGCUUUUGAAGAAACACCCUCCGCUUUUUCCUGCUGAUGCUACUGAAUGUUUCCUUUCUUCUUUCUCACACAAUUCAUCAGGACUCCCUCUGCGUUGUAACUGUAAUGAGAAUAUGUUGAAAUGUGUUGCUUCCACCCUGUGAACUUCUAUUUUUGGUUUCCUUGUUUUCAAUAUGCAGCAGGAUCGCGUCCCAUUGUUGUUAUUUUGUGUUUAAGUCCUUUGCUCGAGGAAACGGAGCAGCAGCACUGCAGGCUUCCAACAACCUGAGUAUCAUAGAUGAGAACAGAAAAUCACAGCUAUUAAAUGUAAUAACGGGGUACUGUGGCCGCAGAAUGUUCUACAGCUCACAUACAAACUCAAAACAGUGAAAUCUGAACGCUGCAUUCGGUUUACUUUCAUUUAACUAGAGAAGUUCUGAA